AUGAUCCAGGCUUUUGUGGAGCUGGACCUUGAAGAUGAUGACGUGGACGACGGCGAGAAAAGGUUGCAGAUCGGCAUUAUGGGUAAUGAAAAUUUUGAGGAAUAUUUGAGCAAAAUUAUGCAUCAAAGAAAGCUGCCGCCGGACAAAACCAUUAGAUUUCCGGCCACUGACUGGACGGCCGUACUCAUGUCAGGCCCGUGGGCCAUGGCCACCUUCUUAACAGCUUUCUUCUUCUCCUUUCGAGCCUUCCUUUUCUUGCCCGACAGUUUUGCCACACCAUUAACGAGCAGUUGGUCAGCUAAAGUGCCCGGGAACAAGUUGCCGAGCACCAGAUUUCCACUAGGCCUGCCCUUCCGAUUAAGCAGCACAGCAUCCAGCCUAAUGAUAGUGCUAAGGAUGCUCUUGUUCGGGCCGAUUCGGGCUAAGGCCUUCGGGUUGGUUAAAGUGGUGAACGCCAAUGCAAAUGCUGAUCUCGCCUGUCGGAUACAAAAAAAAAAUGGAAAAUCGAUAAAUUACCCUUGGAAAGGCAAUUCUCGAGAGUUGAAUAAACCAAUAUUUAGAGUAAAAAAACAACGGUACAGAAUUCCAGUAAAUUCCAAAUUUAACUCAAGUUAUGACAAGAAACAAGCCAUUCCAGAUGUGGCAUCGGCCCCUUUCUCAUUAACAAUAAAGCAACCGUUUGAAAAUGUGGUUCCUUCUCCCCAAUUUAAGUCUGAUUUGCCAAUGGGCCAAGUCUUGAAAAGACUUCGUAAUCCAACGUACGAAAAUAGCUUUGUGCCAACAGCUAAUGAUGCACUGUCGCACCUGCUACGCUAG